UAGGUUAUAUGUCAAAUAGCGGCGUUUGUUUUGUUUGCGUCGUUUAAUAUUUUAGAAUUGUAAAAAAUAUAAAAUAAUACAGAAUGGACGGCGAUUUAUAUGACGAAUUUGGGAAUUACAUUGGGCCAGACCUUGAAUCCGAUUCUGAUGACGAACAGAGUGUUUAUGGACAAGAUAAUCGCGAUGCUGAUGAAGAUGCUAUGGAGGAAGACGAAGAUGCAGACGCAGAACCUGAAGUUGCCCCAAUGUCUGUUGUUCUACAUGAAGAUAAACGAUAUUACCCACAAGCGGUUGAAGUGUAUGGACCAGAUGUAGAAACUGUUGUUCAAGAGGAAGAUACUCAAGCAUUAGACAAACCGCUCAUAGAGCAAAUUAAGCACAAGAAAUUCCAGAUGCAAGAGCAGCAUCUGCCCGAAACCACAUAUGAUAUGGAGUAUUUAGCAGAUAUGCUUGAUAAUACAAAUUUAAUAAGAAAUGUAACCCUUAUGGGACAUUUACAUAAUGGCAAAACCUCCUUUGUGGAUUGUCUAAUUCGUCAGACUCACCCUAGUACAAUCAACAAUGAGACAACGAUACCUAUGCGGUACACAGACACACUGUUUGUAGAGCAAGAGCGUGGGGUGUCUAUCAAAUCUAUGCCUGUUACAUUGCUUUUAAAAGAUAUUAAGGGCAAAUCUCACUUACUAAACAUUAUGGAUACUCCAGGUCAUGUUAAUUUCAGUGAUGAGGUCACAGCUGCUCUAAGAAUAUCAGAUGGUGCUGUACUGUUUGUUGAUGCUGCUGAAGGGAUAAUGCUUAACACAGAACGCCUCCUUCGUCACGCAAUUCAGGAACGAGUUCCUCUCACUUUAUGUAUAAAUAAGAUUGAUCGGCUCGUAUUAGAGCUGAAGCUGCCUCCCGCGGAUGCUUAUUACAAAUUACGUCAUAUAAUUGAUGAGGUAAAUGCAAUGGUUGAAACCAACCAACCGCAAGACAAUCCUGACGAGCCGGCGAUAAUUUUCUCGCCAUUAUUAGGCAAUGUAUGUUUUGCGUCUUCGUUGUAUGACGUGUGCUUCACUUUGGAAUCAUUCGCUGCGAUGUACGCCAACGCUCACGACUGCGGCUUGCGAGCGUCCGACAUGGCGGCGUGGCUGUGGGGAGACGUGUACUUCAAUGCUAAGACCAGACGAUUCACUAAGAAACAGCCCCAUGCUUCCGCACAGAGAAGCUUCGUGGAAUUCAUUUUGGAACCGCUGUACAAAAUUUUUGCACAGGUGGUCGGCGACGUCGAUGACACUCUGCCGGCCGUACUGGACGAGCUGGGCAUCAAACUCACCAAGCUGGAAUCGAAGCUCAAUGUGCGGCCGCUGUUGCGCCUCGUCUGCAGUCGGUUCUUCGGAGAUUUCUGCGGGUUCGUGGACAUGUGCGUGCGGCACGUGCCGUCCCCGCUGGGCGCGGCGCCGCGCAAGGUGGCGCACGCGUACCGCGGCGCGGCCGGCGCGCUGCACGCCGACAUGGCGCGCUGCGACCAGGCCGGCCGCCUCGUGGCGCACACCACCAAGAUGUACCCCACCGACGACUGCACCUUCUUCCUGGUGCUGGCGCGCAUCAUGUCGGGCACGCUGUACGCGGGGCAGAGCGUGCGCGUGCUGGGGGAGAACUACAGCACGCAGGACGAGGAGGACUCGCGCAUCAUGAACGUGGGCCGCCUGUGGAUAUACGAGGCGCGCUACAAGGUGGAAUUAAAUCGUGUGCCCGCUGGUUGCUGGGCCCUCAUAGAGGGCAUAGACCAGCCGAUAGUGAAGACGUGCACCCUGGUGUCGGCUGAUGAAGACGAGGAACUACACACGUUCAAACCUCUCCGCUUCAAUACACAGGCAGUUGUAAAAAUUGCCGUCGAACCUGUUAACCCUUCUGAGCUUCCAAAAAUGUUGGACGGUCUGAGGAAGGUAAACAAGUCGUACCCGGUGCUGUCGACGCGCGUGGAGGAGAGCGGGGAGCACGUGGUGCUCGGCACCGGGGAGCUCUACCUCGACUGCGUCAUGCACGACCUGAGGAACAUGUACUCCGAAAUUGAUAUCAAAGUGGCGGACCCGGUGGUGUCGUUCUGCGAGACGGUGGUGGAGACGUCGUCGCUGAAGUGCUUCGCGGAGACGCCCAACAAGCGCAACAAGCUGACCAUGAUCGCCGAGCCGCUGGAGCGCGGCCUGGCCGAGGACAUCGAGGCGGGCGCCGUCUGCGUGGCGUGGGACCGCCGCCGCCUCGGGGAGUUCUUCCAGACCAAAUACGAUUGGGACUUGUUAGCGGCGCGUUCAAUCUGGGCGUUCGGUCCCGACGCGACGGGUCCAAACAUCCUCGUGGACGACACCCUGCCUUCUGAAGUCGACAAACAUCUGUUGGCCUCUGUCAAAGAUAGUAUUGUACAAGGUUUCCAAUGGGGCACCAGAGAGGGUCCGCUGUGCGAGGAGCCAAUCCGCAACGUCAAGUUCAAGAUAUUGGACGCCGUCAUCGCUCAGGAGCCGCUGCACCGCGGCGGCGGACAGAUCAUACCCACUGCGAGACGUGUAGCGUAUUCAGCAUUCCUGAUGGCCACUCCACGUCUGAUGGAGCCAUAUCUCUUUGUCGAAGUACAGGCUCCCGCCGACUGCGUCUCCGCAGUCUACACCGUGCUAGCCAAACGUAGAGGUCACGUAACUCAAGACGCACCGGUGCCAGGUUCUCCACUGUACACCAUCAAGGCGUUCGUACCCGCAAUAGAUUCGUUCGGCUUCGAGACGGACUUACGUACACACACGCAGGGUCAGGCCUUUUGCCUGCAGGUGUUCCACCAUUGGCAGAUAGUUCCCGGCGAUCCUCUCGACAAGAGCAUCGUUAUUAGACCACUAGAGCCACAGCCCGCAACGCAUUUGGCGCGAGAGUUUAUGAUUAAGACUCGAAGACGGAAAGGUCUAAGUGAGGAUGUGUCCAUCAACAAGUUCUUCGACGAUCCCAUGUUGUUGGAGCUCGCCAGACAGGAUGUACAAUUUAAUUGAAAUAAAUAUAUUUUCUCUA